AGGAGUCACGUGUGACGGGUGGGCGGGUAUAAGAGGCACCUGCCGCUGUCCGCGGUGCCGAAAACUGACGGAGCAAAGCCAGGAGGAGGAAUCCUUGCUGCGUGGAAGUAAACAGUCAAGACCGGGAAAGAAGAUUAUUGGGAAUUACAGGAGAAUACCCACAAGAAAAAGACAGGAGGGGGGGGGACACCACAUUAGACAUCACUAGGGAGCGGGCUGCGAGCGUGACAAGACUGUGACGUCCUGAGGAGUGGAUGCUGGAAUCCCCCACACUGCUCCCACUCACCUGAAUAUUGCCAUCCUGCUCCUUGGCAGCCAUCCUGAUUGCCCGUGAUGGCUUCCCGCAUCAUCUCAAGUGCCCUUAUCCUCCUGGUUUUCCUAGCAAGGGUCUUUGAUGCUGACCUCACCACGCAGAGUGUUGUCACGUCUGCCAACGUGGUCGUGUCAGAAGAUACCGACGACAGUGAUGAGGGAAGUAUGACGAAAAGGGCACCGAAAGGAGAUGACAUCUUCGACGACGUGGACCCCAAAACACUCGCAGCGCUUUUGCUGGAGGCACUCAACCGCACACGUGUCGAGAGCAGGCGGGAGGAGGAAGAGGAGGAGGAGGCGGGAGGCCAGCGAGACCGAGAUGGCCGACAGAAGCUGGAGCUGUUGAUGGCAGCUCAGGGCCAGCAGGAAGCUGAGGAGAGGAAGAAGGCCGAGGAGGAAGAGGAGAGGAUGACCGAGCGGGUGUCGAGUCGCACCAGCAGUCAGACCCUCCAUGUCCAGACCCAACAACCCCCAGCUGCAGCGGAGCCGGACCAAGGCGGUGCUGCCGCCGAGGAGGAGCAGCUCAAUCCAGAGGAGCUGAGGAGCUUGGAGACCAUGAUGAAGGAAUUUCCGCGUUUGGACACGGCCGUAAAGCGAGGGGGGGAUUCAGAGCCCAGCCAGCGGGAGAGUCGAGGCUACAGCAGUUUCAACGACAUCAUCCCGCUCGGCAAGGGCAGCUUCUCGGAGAAGAAGCUGAAAUGGCAAGAAGAGACGCAGAAAGCCUUGAGCAUGCCAGCGUUCCGAGGUGGGAAUUUCAUGGAUGACUUUGAAGGCAACAAUGCCGCAACUGUAGCACAGCCUAAGCAGUCGGAGCAGAUGGAGAGUGAUGAUCCGGAGGACGAAGAAGAGGAGGAGGACGAGGUGUUGUCUCCAGAGGAAGAGGAGGCACGAGCCAAGGCAGAGCAGGAGGAGAUGAGGAGGCAGGCGGCUGAGGUGCAGAAAGCCAAGAUGGAGGAGGAGAAGCUGGCUGACAUCGCUUCUGACAUGCUCCUCCGCUACAUGGUCAAGCAGAACGGUGGCAGCAGUAGAAAGUACGCCGACACCGCCGCGGACAAACGGUCAGAGGAGGAGCAGGAGGAUGAUGACAUUGACCCUCAGACCAUCGACAAACUCAUCGAGAUCUCCAGCAAGCUUCACCUUCCUGCCGACGACGUGGUGGACAUAAUCAGCGAUGUGGAGAAGAAGAAGAAGAAGGAUAUGACACCGGAGCUCUUAACGCAUUGGCAACGCCCACAGCCAACCUCCGCCGAUUCCUUCACCAAAUCAAACAUCUACCCGGUCUCCAAGCAACCUUCUCCAGCGGUCCAUCUCCUCAAAAGCUGGUUUCAGGAGCCUUCAAGGUCCAAAACCUUCUGGGGCAACCCUGCUGAUCGUCUCCUAUGGUCCAAACCACUUAAGUCCAUCAAACAGGAAGCCUGGCUCCAAAAGCCGAGACCGGUUUGGACACACUACCCCUCCUUCUAUCAGAGGAAACCCCAUCAGGACUACUAUCCCAUCUACUUCCCUCCUCCGAGGCCGACAUUCCGCUACUACGUCCCAAAACCUGCUCUGGCCUUCAACACCCUCCUACAGCGCUCCCAGGAUGGCGCUUACAGCUUCCUGCCCAAGCAGCGUUACCUCAACUGGAUGCCGCCCCGCUUGAGAAAACCCCCCGCUGCCCUCUACCCCAGACGCCCCUUUUCCUUCUACCCGCAAAGCGCCCCCAAACCUGCAGUCCCUCUUUAUCAAUCAGCGCCGAGGGGACAUUUGGACAAAUAUAUUGAGCAGCUUCUCUUGAACAGACCACAGGACUGAAAAGGGGGCGGGGCUAAGCAAGAUACAGGUGGGAUGCUGAGGGAAUAUGAGAGCAUGUCUUUCUAUUUGUCCCACUUCCUUUUUGACAUUAUUCAUCUGUUGUUUGGACAUUCCGGGAGGGCUCUUUGUAUAAACAUCCAAAAACUCCAUUUGAACAUUUGGAAAAAGCCCCGGGAAGGACAUUUCCAAGGGAUAAGGAAGGAUAACGAGAAAGAUUUGGACUGCAGCAUUAGCAAUGUUAGCGACUUAUAAACAGCCACAAUAAGAAGAACCAUUUUUAUACUUGGGGGGGUUCCUUAAAGACGCAUCUAAUAUAUAUUUAUACCCUUGUCCCUUCUUAAAGUAUAUUUUCUUCACACACAAUUCCCAUAUCCUCAUGUACAGUAUUUGAGGGAGGGGGCCGGGAAAGAGCACUGUAAUGGCCGGGAUGACUCAUCCCUUUGCAUCACUUCAAUUACCUUGUUGCCAUGGUGCCAAAGUUUACAUUCUUGUCUUUGAUGGCUGAUCUCCCCACGCAGAGGAGGGGGCAAAAGUACCUCCACAAUGAGUUUUUCUCCUUUUUUCCUAGCGUUCCCAAUGCCACCACAUUGUGUCUGUAAUGUAAUCCUGAAGGAAGUGCGUCCAUUCCAAUAAGUACACAUCACUGUGUACACUGCAGUUACUGGAUAUGCACAUUUUAUCCAAAUCCAUUACCGUUGUUGCACUCUUACAGGAAAUGAUGACAAUAUCUAUCCAAUGCCUUCUCUUCUCUAUCUCCCUUUAAAUUGUGAAUUGCAACCACUCCCCGACGUAACCAAGAUGGCCACUCUUGAGGGUGCUAAGUGUCCAGCACUUGCACACUCUCCGUUUGGACCGUUCUGAGGGCAACGUCUGGGUACAGUGCACUGUAAUUUUGCAUUCAAAAGACUCCUUGUAUGCACAGAAAUUAGGAAAUGAAGUUAAGUAUACAAGUGGGCAAGUGGAAGUGACUAAUGGAGUCACAGUGUUAACUACAAAAGUGUUAGUGGGGCAGAUUAUCCAAACAUUUCAUAAGAAUGGUGAUACAAGCACCAAAAUUGGCACAGAUGAUGUUUAGGAUACAUAUUUUAUUACGUACAAUAUUAAUAUAUUAAUAUAUUAAGUACAAUAUCCAACAUAAAAUGUAAUAUGGCUGCCAAUUUUCAAGAUGGCCGCCAGAGCAAAUUUGAAAAACAUGUACUUGUUGAAGUAGAACUCAAAUAAACACAAUAUUUUUAUAGUCAGAAUACUAAAUGAAUGUAUUAUAAUUUAUUAAAUCCAAUAAUGAAUUCCAAAUUCCAAUAUGGACACCAUUUUUCAAUAUGGAGCCUGAUACAUUACUAUAAAUUGGUGUUUUUUUAUCAGAAAAGUUGGUCACAAAGUUUACUUGUCCUCUGCUAUGUAUUUGUUACAUUACUGUAACUUACAAAUAUUAUUGUUGUUGGUUUGUAUUACUUCAUGAGAGUGAUGUCAUAGCACAACCAGGGCACACUGGUGACAUCACUGCUGCGAAACUCAGCAUGGGGCUCAACGUCGGCUUGUAGUGUACUAAAUGUAGUUGUUAUAAUUACUAACUGUUGUAGUAUUAAAUAGGCAACUUAGUAUACAUAAGUGUCCCAAAUGCUAUCUAAGAUGUACAGAUUAUCACAAUGUCAUUAUUUUAGUGCAAAUACGAUUUCGAACGACUAUGAAUGGUGGCCAUAUUGUAAAAUGGUGGCCAUUUUGUAUUUGAAGUUGGAUAUCGUAGGUUCUAUUGCACAAGUGUGCCAAUUUUGGUGCUUGUAUCACCAAGUGAAAGAUUGUUUCAGCAAUAUGCCCCACUAUGUGGGGAUUGAGACACCCUAAGUGUGGAAGUACAUGAAUGAAGACGCAGCCUUAAGGCUACGCUAUAGGUCUAUUCCUGUUUCUUUCAUGUUUCAUUAUCAGUGUGAACAGGACAAUUCAGGUUUUCCCCAAAGCGACCCAGGCCUCUUUUGUAUGAAAGUGUGAAGUUAUGUAACCAACGACUGAUUAGGUCGCUUACAGCCACCCUAUUGGUCAUGGAAAAGGUAUCAUUUGUUUCAACAUGACUAAAUUGUCUGCAUUUGGAAAUAGAAAGUUGCUUCUAAGCUGACUGUGAUGUCAUCAUUGCUUUUCCUUAGGACCUUUUUUGUCAUUUGAUACCGCCCAUUCGCUUCACUUGAGGAAUGUUACAGCAUUUGUAAUCAAUUGAUGUUUGUAUGAGAUCAAAGAAGAGGAAAUGAGGCAAGCGUGCACGUUUGUGUAAUUGCAUCUAAAGCGUAUUGUCCUAGGAGAUGACAAAGCAACAAGUAUAAAAAAAAAAAAAACAGAAACAAUGAUGUUGUACCUUGGAGUUGUUGUUUGAGUGACGUACGCUGUUGUUGCCUUUGUUGUUGUUGUCGUAAUAAACAUGAGUUGGCUGCAUAUGCACAUAGGUGCAUGUCAAUGACUACUUUUGCUACACAUGAAACCAAUAAAUUCAAUUCAUUUCAUUUAUCAACAGAUUGUUUCA